AUGCCGCCAAGAAUAACACCCCCGAAGCUAACCAUCGCCAUUGAUGUUGAUGAGGUCCUUGCCCAAUUCUUACCGGGUUGCAAUCGCUGGUACAACCGGAAGUUCGGGACGAAUUAUCGGGUAAGUGACUACAAGUCGUACACCUUUUGUGAGGUGUGGGGCGGCACCAAUGAAGACGCAAUUCGCGAAGUCUACGAGUUUUUUGAAUCGGAGGACUUCGCCAAUUUGGAGGUAGUGGAAGGGGCCAAGGAAGCGGUGGAGUAUUUUGUUAAGGAAGGGCACGAGUUGGUUGUGGUCACCUCACGACAGACCGUCAUUGCCGAGGCCACUCGGCAAUGGUUGGACCGCAACUUCGGAGAGGGCGUGUUCAAGCACGUCGCCUUUGGGAAUGUCUGGGUGCCGCGGGAUGACCAGGGGCAGAAACGGAGCAAGGCUGAGCUGUGUAGGGAGCUACACGCCCAGGUGCUCAUCGACGACCAACCCAAGUACAUCCACGAGGUAACUGGCACCGUCGAGCUGCCCAUACUGUUCAAUCUGAACCACAUGUACGGGUGGAGCGAACCCCAUCAGAACCCCCUAGACCAUGCGCCCAUUGAGUUAGUCGCAUACAACUGGAAAGAAGCCGUUGCGCUGGUCGACACCUAUCAAAAAUCACUUGCGACGACCGCCAUGCAACAAUCGAGUUAA